GACGGGAAAUUCACAGUUUAAUGUAACUAUUUUACAGAACUUCUGGCAAUAUGUUGGUUGGAACAAGGUGAGGUGAAAACACGGAACUCUCUUGCUGUUGACGUCGGACGUAUCAGGCUCAGGCACAGAAGGAGGAGGAGAAACAAGAGUCACUGGACGGCAUAGAACACGUCAUCAACGAACUCAAGACGCCCAAGAACUAUGCGGGAGACCUCGUGGUUCCCGGUCAAGUCCUCCAUCUGAGGGAAGAUCACGCCACUGGCCAGUACGCGCCGGUGCUCACCAACUACUCCGACUCCGAGCUUCAGGUGACUCGCAGCUUUGAUGUCAUGACGUGACCCUUGUGGUAUCAGUGGAUUCAGAUCCACAUGAGGUCCAUCAGUGACCACUACGUCAAGGCCUACUUGAACGUCAUCCGCGGAAUGAACCUCCGGGCUCGCCUCGCCUCCUCGCACCAGGUCCUGACUGAAGUCCUGACUGGCCCGGCCAGCCCGACGGCUCCGAUCGUGAUGGACCCGCGCAGGUGACUCGGAGACUUCAGUCGGCGGUAGACGAGGAGGGGAAGUGGCGAGCCUGCCAAGUGUGCGAGCGAGACGUUUGCGAGAUUUUCAUCCUCAAGUCAGACGCCCAUCGAGCCAAAGCGACCAAGCAUUGCAUGCAGUGAGCUGAGGGCUGGGAAGCUCCUGCUCUAGUCCUGACCCCCUCGCCUUCAGAUGCGGCAUGAUCUGCUGCAUGGACUGUGCUC